AGAUAUCGAAAUUCUCGACAAUCACAGCGAAACGCGGGCGGAGGCCACACACUUUUUAACAAAAUAAAUGUAAAGUAAAAGUAAAUGGUUAACAAUUGUGGCUAGCAAAGGUGGGUGGCCAAGAACCUUGUGGCAAAGUGUGGGGUGGGCCGAAAAACGUGAAAUAAUUUUCCCAGCUGCUGUUGAAAGCAGCGAAACCUCUUAUAUUUGCUGACCUGACACUGACGAAGAAGAAGAGUAAGGCACGGUGAGCAACAACAACAAGAAGAACAAGAACAACGACACUAGCAGCAGGGCCAAAUUGUUGCGUAUUGUUUUUUGUUUUUUCAGUAGGGAUUUUGGGUGCGAAUUUCGUGAAAAUAGUGUGGUUGCAAACAUACGCAUAACUUAUGUCUGAUAAAAGUGCAAAGGAAUCAUGUAUCAGUAAGAGUGCGAGCUGCAGCAGGCGUAUUUGCAGGCGCAAGAGAAGAAAGUGAGCGAAAAAGCAACCCGAAGUAUAUAUUCUAUCACCAGGCAAGCAACGUGCUUUGUUGAACGAUGUCCCAUGGCGAGGAUGUGUUAGACAACUGGGAGGAAAUCGACGAGGCGGGGCUCUCCAUGACUUUGCAAACAAAGCUACAAACGAGCGAUCCACCUGCCCAAAAGAUGAAAUUGCUCCAACGGCCGCAGACCAUCCAGGAACCCUCACAAAUCCUCAGCAGUGGCGGCAGCGGUGGGAGCGGGAAUCCCCCGCCCCGGCAGAUAACCAUUGCCCGAAAGCCACAACCACCGCCAGCAGAGGUUGAUCCUUCUGCCCAGCAGCAGCCAGUCAUGAUGGUACUGCACAAGUCCUCUAAUGAGUACGAUUCGGCCAGCUAUGCCACGCCCACCACCAACCAGACCGUUAAGAUCCUGCGACGGCCCGCCCAAGCGGAGGAGCGGCGGGAUACUAACGGGAUGCGACCCAAGCAGCCCAUCAAGACGCUCAAGCAGCGCGAACAGGAGUACGCAGAGGCCAGGCUGCGCAUUCUCGGCGCGGCCAAAAACCCAGAGGAUGAUAAACCGGCCACUCCCAGUUCGCCAGCUGUAAAUAGCAGUGCUCCGGCUGCCCCGCCCUCGGUUCCUCCUACCAAUAGCACUACUGCUACUCCCCCUUCUGCCAGCAGCAACAACAAUGUUAUCAACAACAACGGAAGCCAUCCAGCAGCGGGAAUGCAUCGCUCCAGCUCGGCACCAAAAAUGUCCCAGGUGACGCCGAUGUAUAAUAACUACAACAGCUACUUCCAGGGGCCGCACAAUCAGCCGGGCCUGAACUAUUACUAUAACCCGCAACAGCAGCAGCAGCAGCCGCCGCCCUCGAUUCCGUCGCAUUAUAACCAACGGUUGCCGCCAUAUGGUGGCGGAGGAUCGGGGCUGGGAGGAGUUGGGAUGCCCGCUCAGGGGCCGCCUCAGUCGUCUCCCAAUCCGCAACAGAGCUGGUCACCUGUUGUGGGCGGAUCAGUGUCCGCCGCACUUCUGCGCCAACAGUCACUGCAAUCGCCGCAGCAGCAACAACAGAAUCAGCAGCAGCAUGGCCAGCAUCCGCAUCCGUUCAACGACCUAGUCCUGCGCUUGCCCAAGGGCCCUUGUCCGAAUGGUUCCAUUGGCUUUCAGAUGCGCCGGUAACAGACUGCAGCGAUGGAGAGCGGCUUGUCUAUUUCAAUAACUUCUUAUUCUUAUUUUCAUCUUGGUACAUUGAUUCCAAAUGCAUGUUUCUAUAUAUAAAAGAAAAAACAACAACAACCGAAAACAACAACCCACGAGUCAUUCUGAGAUUCUUUGUCGCUAAACAUUGAGCUCAGGUUCGAUGUGGUGCAAAUUCGUUGAUAUAUCCACUGGCUAAACCUGAAAAUCAACAUCUAUGUAAAACAAAUUUUAUGACGGACUAUGGUAGAUAUUUUGUAAAUUUACAACUCACACCACACAAUUUUGUAUAAUGCAUACUAAUAAAACAAAACAGUAAUUUUUAAAAGUGA